CUACUGCAUUCAGCGAAAUCAUAUACAUGUCCUCUACUCUUCUGUCGAAGGACAAGGUCAACAGUUUUGAAUUUUUCCAUAUUAACUGGAAGGUAUGGAAAAUACAUGGCUUGAAGAUUGUAAAAAGGGAUAUCCACACUCAACAACGUCAAGCAGUUAGCCGCUCAUAUUUCUUUUGGACCAUUGCAGCAAAUUUUUUGGCUACCAUCUUGUUUCCCAUUCAUCUGUCAAUGGGCAUAUUUCAAAGCCAAAACAAAUCGGAGCUGUUCGACGGCAUAUCAAUUUCCAUAACCAGCAUAGGAACCACAAUCAAAUUCUUUUUAAUGGCCAGCAAAAUGAAGCAAAUUGCCCAAAUGGAGGCCCUCAUACGAGUGCUUGAUGCCAGAGUGACGCACCAGGAAGAGUUGAAUCAUUAUAGGAUGCGCACUCGUUUAAAUAUACUGAAUGUCCAGAAAAUGUUUUUAAUUUUGUACUGUGGUAUUGGAGCAGCUGUGGCUGCUUCAUUCCUAUUUAGUGGAGAACGCCGUCUAUUCUUUCCCGGAUGGUUGCCUUUUGACUGGCGACAAUCGAUAGGCUUCUAUGCUUUGGGUAUUUUGUAUCAGCUCUUUUGUAUAGUCAUUCAAAUUUCACAGAAUUUCAACAAUGACAGCUUUACACCCAAAGCAUUGUGUCUGCUAUCGGCUCAUAUUGAACUGUUAUACAUGAGAGUGUCGCGUAUUGGCUUCGAUGAUUCGCAUUCAGGUGGGAGCUGUAAAACUCAUCUACAGGAACAGGAUAUAGAAUUGAAGAGAUGUGUUUUGGAUCAAAUCAAUCUAUACGAGCUCUACAAAACCAUUCAGGACAUCAUAUCCUGGGCCAUGGUUAUACAGCUUCUAGUCUCGGUACUAAAUAAUUGUGUGGCAAUGGUGGCUUUGUUGUUCUUUGCUACUGAGUUAUUUGAUCGCAUCUACUACUCCAUCUACAUUGUGGGUCUGGCUAUGCAGCUUUUUCCCUCCUGCUAUUAUGGCAGUGAUUUUGUGCUGCUCUUUGAAAAACUCCACUAUGCUGUGUUCUCAUGCAAUUGGAUUGGCCAAUCGAAGAGUUUCAAGCGACACAUGAUGAUAUUCACGGAGAGGUCUUUGCGUCAGACUAUGGCAUUGGCCGGUGGUAUGUUUCCCAUACAUUUGGAUACCUUUUUUGCCACAGCCAAAGCGACAUAUUCGCUAUUUGCCCUAAUCAUAACAAUAAAAUAAAGGCAUAUAAAGGAGUUAAAGGAGAUAAAAGGGAAAUUGCUAAAUUUAAUCAAUUAUUUUAUGCAGAACAAACUUUGUUUCACUAAAA